AUGCAGCAUCUUGUCACUCACCCUUUGGACACCCACAUAAUAUUCUAUGAGGGUAAAAAAUCUGCAACUUCCAGCAACAAGGAGCGUCCUUCUAGAAAGGACAAGGGGGAAAUCUAUCAAGUCUUGGCAAAACUUAUCUUCACGAAUGACUCGGAAUAUUCAGGUGUGUAUGCUGAGGACUCAAAGAAAUUCAACAUCGUGAAGUCAUUCAAGGAGCAGCUCGACAAGUUUAACAAGACUGGCGCUGGUGUCACUCCACUCAAUGAAAACACGGCUGUUAAUCUACAUAAACAAGUAUUGCUUGAGUUCCCAUGGUACGACCAACUCCACCCCUUUCUGUUCUCUAAUCCAACAUGUGGCGUUAAAAUCUUCACCUCCCAACUGGGAGUUGAUUAUGCUGGGGAUUUCUACAUGCUCAUUCAUCCACGUGGGGGGCCUGGUCCCUCUACUGACCAAAACACUCCUGACACUUGGCUCACUCCCCCAGAUGCUCGGCUUGCUCCCCCAGACUCUCAGCUCACUACCCCAGACCCUCAGCUCGCUACCCCAGACCCUCGGCUUGCUCCCCUAGACCCUCAGCUUGCUCCCCCUCUCCCUCAGCUUGCCCCCCCUCUCCCUCAGCUUGCCCCCCCUCUCCCUCAGCUCCCUCCCCCUCUCCCUCAGCUCCCUCCCCCUCUCCCUCAGCUCCCUCCCCCUCUCCCUCAGCUCCCUCUCCAAAGCCCACAUGCUGCCAGUGCUCAGCCCAACCCUGCAAUCACUUUGUACCCCCCCCCUCCUCAUUACACCGGUGCUGGGGGCAGUCCGAUCACCGAUCUGGAUGGUGACCUCAGUGCUGACCCUCAUGCCACAGCCAAUGAUGAUGACAGGCCUUUCUUUGCCCCCCUUGGCAACGCACUACUUACCUUAGACAGGGACUUUAACAUGUACAACAACAACGGGCUGGAGUUUAACUCCUCCUGGCAUCGUGUUGUCAACCUCAACAGCCCCCCCAAAGUAGUGGGACAUAAGCAGCAGUAUGCAGCUUCUCCGUCCCCCCCUCCCAUUGACACAAACACCUUUGUUAUGCCACAGAAGCCACAGACACCCACAUACCACAGCCACACAGCAUUUGGUUCUGCCUUGCCUGCUGCUCCACUCCCUCAUCCAGUGUCUUCAUUGCCCUAUAUGUCGUCUGACUAUCGCAUUUUGCCAAUGGAAUCCCAGACAUUGCUUUCUGUGAAGCCACAGAGUUCCACUAGAUCAAAGAAGAAGAGGACCUCGGUGGCAGAUGUGGAGGAUCACCUUAGCAUGAUCAAUGGUGAGAUCCAGAGUAUGCAUAGUAACAUGUCCAAGCGCCGGGAAUCAAAGAAUGAACACUAUGCCAUCAAGAUGAACUACCAGUCCCAGAAGAAGGAAUACCAGUGGCGCCAUGAGUCCUGUUUGCACGAAGUCCUCCUCUCAGCCGCUAAUCAUCAAUGUGAGCAGGAAGCCAAGGAUAAGGAGAUCCUCCGCCUUCAGGCUGCAACUGCCUUGCAGGAGAAGGAGGCUGAGAUCUGGCAUCUCAAGAUCCAGUAUUAG